AUGGCCGCUCCGCACGCCGUCACCAUCGACACUCCCAUCGUCAUCAAGAUCGCCGUCAACGGCCAGCUCAAGAAGCUCAAGCUCCCCUUGAAGGAUCUCGGAGCGUCGGUGUUGCCUGAUAAGCUCCGCCAGGUCCUCGAUAUCAAGCCCGAGCAACACGUGCAACUCGAACGCUACUCCGACUCCGCCGGCGGCUACAUCACUCUCGACGAGUCCAACCCACAAGUCUUCAAGACUCUCAUCCGCGCCGCAAAGGCCAAGCUGAAGCUCCGCUUGAAGGCUACCGUCACCCCGGCGAACAUGCCGGCCGAGCUGGAGGACAAGAAGGAGAUUAAGAAAGAGGUCGUCGAGGAGAAGGAGCCCGUCAUUGUUUCGCUUCCAGCGAAGAUGCCAGAAGAGACUGACAACACCACUCGACAAAUUACCAACUCUCCGCGUGACUCGACCGCCUUCGAUCGCCGCUCUGUCGGAAGCGGUAUCUUCCAAUUCCGCGAGGCUCGCGCGUCUCAGCAGACUCUCGUCAACGAGGCUCCUGUCCCACAGCCCUUCACCGAUCGCACGCCCCAGCUCUUUGAUCACCCAGACAAGCCUUUCGCUCUCCAUCCUCGUGAAGUGAUCACGCCCGCCGUCAUUCCCGGCCACUCUUGGUCCGUCUACUGCAACGAGUGCGACAAGCCCAUGGCCAACGCGCACUACCACUGCUCCAUCUGUGACUCGGGUGACUUCGACCUCUGCGAGGAGUGCGUUGGAAAGAACAAGCACUGCCGUGGCGAGGGUCACUGGCUCAUCAAGCGCUUCAUCAAGGACGGCAGUGUCGUCGCCAGUGAGACCGAGCGUAUCUCCCGCAAGCCUGCGCCAGCCCCCGCUGUGACCAAGCCAGAGGCUGAGAUGCCCGGAUCAUUCGUGACCGAGCAGUCCAAGAUGCUCUCCGAGGAGGUGCCCACACCAACCCGCACGUGCAACAACUGCGUCGUUGUUCUCCCCGAGCAAGAGUUCGUCACUUGCAUCGACUGCGAUGACUUUGAUCUCUGCAUCAACUGCCACACCGCUGACAAACACGGCCACCACCCUGCUCACGCUUUCGAGGCUGCCACUCCAGACAUGAUCCUGCCUCUUGCGGCCGAGAUGAAGCUCACCGCCGGUCGAAACGUUCGCCAUCACGCCAUCUGCGAUGGCUGCAACAAGAACAUCUACGGUGUGCGCCACAAGUGCAUGAACUGCCCUGACUGGGACUACUGCAACGACUGCGUCAAGAACGCCCGUUCGACCCACCCGCGUCACCGCUUCGCACCUCUCUACAAGCCUAUCGCAUCUCCAGUCCAGCCCACCGUCCGCCACUUCGGCAUCUACUGUGACGGACCUCUUUGCGAAGGCCAGUCCAAGCCAUCGUACAUCCACGGCGUGCGCUACAAGUGCACAAUCUGCCACGACACCGACUUCUGCGCGGCUUGCGAGGCUCUUCCUGGCAACCACCACAACCGCACUCAUCCAUUGAUCAAGCUCAAGACCCCGGUCCGCAACGUCAACGUCUCGACUGAGAAUGAGGACCUCCGCGGCAAUGUCCGAGUCAUGGGCGAUCGUCGCUCCACAUCGCCAGUGGAGUCCACUUCAGCCAACGCUGCUGCGCCUGUUCAGACCGUCGCCGAGAUCAUGCCCACUGAGGUCAAGAAUGAGGAGACCAUGCCAAUCCCGAUUCCGGUGAAGACUUUCGUCGAGAAGGUCACUGUCGAGGCUCCUGCUUCCGUGCCAGCAACAAACGCUGCUUUGCUCAACGCUCACUUUGUGAAAGACAUCGUUCCUGACGGCAUGAAGUUUCUCCCCGAGGUCCGCUUCACGCAGACUUGGACUCUCGUCAACCCAGGUCCUACGCCGUGGCCCGCGGGUUGUAGCGUGCGCUAUGUUGGUGGUGACAACAUGCUGAACGUCGAUAACGCUCAUCCGGCUUCCGUCGCUGCCAUUGCCGACGCCACGGAGAGCAACGUCGUGGGCCGUCCUGUCGCUACUGGCGAGCAGGUUAGCUUCACCGUCACUCUCAAGGCUCCUAGCCGUGAGGGUAAGAGCAUCAGCUACUGGCGCCUGAAGGCGGCCGAUGGUACUCCGUUCGGUCACCGCCUGUGGUGCGACAUCGAGGUGCAGAAGCCCGAGGGGUUGGUCUCAUCAGCUCCUGCUGCUUCCGUGUCGGAGGCAAUGCACAGUCUGCAAGGAAUGCACUCUCGAUGUCUCAUUCCCGCCCACCGCCUCGCCGAUCAUGCGAGAGAGAUGUCCAGCCACGGUGGCAGACACCAUCUGCCUCAGAUACAGGCUCAGUUGGACGCUCAGAUGCAGGCUCGACAGCAGCAGGCCCAGAUUGACGCUCAAGCUCAGCGCUUGGUCGCACAGCAAGAGCAGGUUAAGAGAUUGCAGGCCGAGGCUUUGGCGCGCCAGCUUCGCAACCAAAAUGAUGUUCACGCGCUUCAGCAGCAGAUGCAGGUGAACCAGCGUGCCCAGCAGGCCCAGCAGCAGACUCAGCAACAGGCUGAGAUUGCGAAUGGGCGAGAAGCUCAGCUGGCGCUCAUGCAACGCAUUCAGACUCAGCGUCAAGCUCAGUUGCAGGCUCAGCAGCAGGCUCAGCAGACGCAUCAGGCGGCCCUCCAGCAGUACCAGUCCCGACUGACCCAGCCGUCCUUCCUGGCUCAAUCGAAUGCCAAUGCUUCGAUUCCUGGCGCCGCCACUUCAGCCUCCGCUUCCGCCUCCAACGAGGGCUCCCAACUCGCCGCCCGCUUCGCCGCCAUGCGGGAGCAGCAGAAGUCUCGCCGCGAGCAGAUGAUUGCCCAGAUGAACGCUCAGCGCGAACACCUGCAGCAACAAGACACCUCCCGCGCCAAAGCUGCAGUUGCCCGUGAGAACUAUCAGCGUGCCACUGAGACCGAAGGCGACAAGGAACGCCGCGAAGCACUCAAGCUCCGUGUCGCCCACAUCAAGGCCAACAUCCUCAAGACCCGUGUGGAGCGUGAGCAGGCCGAGAAGGCCGAGAAGAAGGCCAAGGACAACGAGAAGGUGCAGAACAUCCUUGCGCAGCUGGCAAUCACCGAGGACAAGGCCGAAGACAAGUCGGAGGAGAGGACUGAGGAGAAGACCGAUGAGAAGCUGUCUGACUCUCAGAUGGUCUUCCCCAAGCUCGACAAGGAAUCUCCUUCAUCCUCGACCUACGAGUCGGCGACCAGCUCCACUCUCAAGGCCAAGGCCAAGGCCGCGUACGUGGAGAAUGAGAAUGGCGAGGUCGAGACCACUGCCACUCCCGCUGCCUCGGCUCCGGUCGAACUUGCUUCCCCAUCCGUCGAGGCGGAUGAUGGCUUCGUCGAUCUGGACGACGAUGACCUCGAGGUCUUCUCUGCGGAUGGUGACGACAGUGACGAGGAGGGUGAUGGCUUCAUGACGGAUGAGGAGUAUGACAUCCUCGAUGCGAGCGACACCGAGACGGUCGCUUCGGGAUGGAGAGCUUAAGGGGGGAUGGAGAAUAUUGAAGGCGGAUGAGAGCAACGACGAGGAUCGAGGGCGGCUCAGACUGACACACUUUACGACUUCAAUGGAACUGGCAACGGUAUGGGAUUGGAUGGUGCAAUACGGCGUUAGGAUGGGUUCUACUCUCUACGCCUGAGUCUCCUUAGUAGCUCUUUUCUUCUGUAGGACCUGCAAUUGCAAUGGUAUCCUGAAA